UGUGACUGUAAGAGGCUUAGAACUAUUGUAGUAACUUUAGCAUGUUCCAGCUCAGUCCCAUGACUUGGAAGUUUGUAGUUUAAAAUUUAGUUGCCUAUAAACGUAUGCAGUCUAAUUAGAUAUGAAUAAAACGGCAGGUUAUCACAAGAAAAGGAGAACGGGAAUUUUGUUACAUAUUUUUGCAUUGGUGCUAUUUUUGUAUUGUUCGAUACAAGUAGUGUUCUUCGUCUCGAAGUCGUUUCAGCAUUCAAGCUCACACCGAAUACGCAGGGACACAGAGAAUGAGACGGACUGCGUAUCCCCACAAUCGUCCGAAUUUCCGGAAGGCUUUUUUACGCCCCAAGAGAGGAAGGAUGGAGGGAUCAUUAUUUAUUUUAUGAUUAUUUUCUAUAUGUUUCUGGCUAUUUCUAUCGUUUGUGAUGACUACUUUCUGCCAUCUCUUGAGAUCAUCAGUGAGCGACUGGGGCUUUCUCAAGAUGUAGCGGGGGCAACGUUUAUGGCAGCCGGCAGCUCUGCACCUGAAUUAGUUACAGCCUUUCUGGGUGUUUUUGUCACAAAGGGAGACAUUGGUGUCAGUACCAUUGUGGGAUCAGCAGUUUACAACCUCCUGGGUAUUUGUGCAUUCUGUGGACUCUUAACCUCUGUGGUGGCACGCCUCACCUGCUGGCCGCUGUUCAGAGACUGUUUGGCUUACGCGAUAAGCGUGGCAGCUGUAAUUGCAAUCAUCGCAGAUAACAAGGUGUACUGGUAUGAAGCGUCCUGCCUGCUGCUGGUGUACAGGGUGUAUAUAGUGGUGCUGUGCUUCGACAUCCGCAUCAGCGAGUACAUGAUGCGCAAGUUCAGCCCGUGCUGCACCUGUAUCGCCAAGAGCGCGGAGGAGCGAAUCGAGCAGCAGCCUCUGAUUGGCUGGCAGAGCGACACCAGCCUGCGCAUGCAGCGCAGAUCCAGGACCGACAGCGGCAUCUUCCAGGAUGACUCGGGAUACUCCAACCUGUCGCUCAGUCUGCACGGCCUGAACGAAAUCCCCGAGGAGCACAAGAGUGUUUUCCGCAUGCCUGACAAGGACGUGAAGCGCAUCCUGUGGGUGCUCUCCCUGCCCGCCAUCCUGCUGCUCUUCCUCACCAUCCCCGACUGCCGCAGGAGAUUCUGGAAGAAAUGGUACAUGCUCACCUUCCUCAUGUCCGCCGUCUGGAUCUCGGCCUUCACAUACGUGCUGGUGUGGAUGGUUACCGUGGUAGGAGAAACUCUGUCCAUUCCCGACACUGUGAUGGGCCUGACGCUGCUGGCAGCUGGGACCAGUAUCCCCGACACUGUGGCCAGUGUCAUUGUGGCUCGGGAAGGCAAAGCAGACAUGGCCAUGUCCAACAUCGUGGGCUCCAAUGUGUUCGACAUGCUCUGCCUUGGCCUGCCGUGGUUCAUCAAGACCGCGUUCGUGGACACCACUUCGCCAGUGGAGGUCAACAGCACUGGUCUGCUCUUCACCGCCGGCUCGCUGCUGCUCUCCAUCGUCAUCCUGUUUGUUAGCGUGCAUAUAAACGGGUGGAAACUGGACUGGAAGCUUGGAAUCGUCUCUCUGCUGUUCUACAUUCUUUUCGCCACCCUCUCCAUCUUGUAUGAACUGGGGAUCAUUGGGAACAAUCCCAUUCGGUUGUGCAAUGAUUAACCGAGUAUCCCAAAGCGGUUGAGCCACCUCAGGAAACACUGGACAUUUUGAAGAGGACACUCAAACUCAUUCCUUGUGCCUUAUCUCGCUUUUACGGAUGAGUCAGUCUGGGGAAGCUUAAACUGAUAAGUGUUUAUGGUUCGUCUUUAUACCAGGAGUGACAGGAAGGACAAACACAACAAAUAAAGUGGAAAAUCACAAAAGCCUUACUUUCACCAAUCAUUUGUUGGGGGGUACCAAGCCUGCAGUAAAGGAAAACUACCACUUCAAAUCUUUUAAAACUGUCGGUGGUGUGAUUGGUUAGUUCUACAAAGAG